AACGCAUGCGCCCUUUUUACCGUGUCAACCAAUCGGAAAAUCCUGUGUUGAAUUAGCCAAUUAGCAUCGUGGACAAUCGGAGCUGGCCAGCUCGCGAAUCUAUAAAUAAGAGCCAAUCAUAUUCAAGUGCUUGGCACGUAGAACGGCUAGUUCCGAUAUUUCUUAUCAGAUUUCCAGCAAUGGCAUGUUGGCAGUAGUUGAUAGUAAAUUGAACGUAUUUAAAUGGUUUUCGACGUUUUCAAGAAUAAAGUUUUUAACCUUUUGUAAAAAGAAACGAUCUUUAAUAUUGGUAAACACUAGAUUAGUAAACGCUAUAUACUUUGGUGAUGAUCAGUGAUAUAUAAAUAAUCUAGAAGUAUUAAACAAAACUUUUUGAAUAGGAAGAUUUUGCUGUGAGAGGAUAGAAAUGUAAGAUAUAUAAUACAUUACCGCCGCAAAUUUUUUCACGCUAUUUAUUAAUACAUAUUUUAUUGCAGAGAUCAGCUACAAACACACAAACGACACAAUUAAGUGAACAAAUAUUAAUUAUCCUAAUUUAUUCAUAAAUAUCGUCAUGAUGUAUGUAUUAAAACCCUCGUGAAAAAGCAUUGGUUUCCCAUGAGAGACUACUUGUCAAGAUUAAAGAUUUAACGGCUGUUACUGUUCGCGAAAAUAGUGAAGGAUACAAGGAAUUUACUAGUCUGGACAUAAUCGAUUGUAAUGCACCGAUAAUCUAAUUGUGGUUGAGCGACGCUCGGUAUCGUUAUUAAGGAUCGUGCCAACGCCCGGUUUGACAAGCUUGAGAUUGCCCCGUUAAAGCAGCGUGUGUGAUACAUUAAAGGAUAUGGGAUUAAAGGACGAUGAAGUUGCUUUGAAAACUGCUGUCUGAGAAUCCAAAAGCCUCGUUAGACACGGUACCGUGAAAAAAGACCCUUCAAUUGUCGAACAAAUUGACGAUCUGAACUCGCCGAUCUCCGGCGAUGAUGUCACACGAAGGAAGGAGUGCAAACGCAUGCGUUAACACGUGAACGCCGUGUGGAGCACGACCAGGCGAAGAGGAAAAGAGGUGCGCACAGUUGAACAAGUGUGUGAAAAACGAUUGUAUAAGUAACUAGCGCGACGAACAGAUAAUAAUCCUAAUAUGUGAAUUAACAAGGCGGUGCAGUGUAUUCUCAUUUUAAAAAACGCGCUACAAACGUAAUCAAUUAAUUCUUUAAAAAAAAAGAAUGUCCGCUAAAUUUACUCUUAAAGAACAGUGAUAUCAUCUUCGUACUCUCUUCAAUAAAGUGAUUAUUGAUAAGGGAAGCUGUGUAAUUUUUUUUCAUGAUAACUGCAUGUGUCGGAAAUUUUUAUGUAAUUAUGAUAAGCCAUUUCCGUUCACUAUGUCACGUUUCGGUUAUUUCGUUCUUACAAUAAGUACUCGUAUACGGAAAGAACGGUUUUAAUGAAACAUUGAAAAAUUUUGCUGAAAAUAAUUUUCUAUUCUCAAAAUAAUUAUGCAAGACGCUAAAGCUAAAGUGCUAAAAUGUCUAAACUUUUUGCAGCAUUUAUCAUCAUGCUUGAGCGACCUACAUAAUUAUUUUAAUGUUCAACAUAAUUAUUUUCAGAUCUGUAUCUAGUUAAAUUCUUAGAUACUUUAAUAAAAAAAAAACAGUUUUUUCCAUAUAUGCAUACAUGAAAAGUCGAAGUAAGGCUAUAGUUGGGUCUUUGUAUUUAAAUUACAAGUCUGCAGCGUGAAUAUUAUACACGGGAUUAAACGAUACGAUAUUAUUAAACGCGGUGAUUUCCGUGAUCAAUUAGUGACAAAAAAAACACGAUGUUACGUGAGUCCUAAUUGUUACCGGAUGAUGUGUCAGUUAACGCUUGCAUACCAAUUUGUAAGUUGAGUAUGCUUCCAUUAGAACUGAAAUAACGUGAAAUAUUUAAUAUUUUGUGUUUUUGUGUAUUUAAUACUCUGUGUCACAAGGAUAAUUUAUAGAGCAAUGUGUCGUAAAUUUUAUUCGGUAAAAGUGAAUUUCUAUUUAUAGCUAAUUGAUUGUCUAAUUAAAUUCCAGAUCUUUUAUUGCAAUUCUUAUCAGGACAUUAUUUAAAAGGACAAUCGGUACAACAGGUGGAUAACAAUGGCCAUAGUUAAUAUCAAAAAUACGAUUAAGAAUAGAAUUCCCAUUUUGAAGUGGUUGCCGCAGUAUAAACUGGAGGAUGCAUUAGGUGAUUUUGUUGCGGGCAUCACCGUAGGAUUGACCUUGAUACCUCAAGCGAUAGCUUACGCAGGCUUAGCGGGCUUGGAGCCGCAAUAUGGGCUUUACAGCGCGUUCGCGGGGAAUUUCGUCUAUGUCUUCUUCGGCACGUGUCGAGAAGUCAACAUCGGUCCGACAGCACUCGUAUCUUUACUCACUUGGACAUACGUGAGUGGAAUUCCUGAGCACGCGGCCUUGCUUUGCUUCUUGUCAGGAUGUAUCACGAUACUGCUUGGCGUUCUACGCUUAGGGUUUUUAAUCGAGUUCAUUUCGAUACCGGUGGUGUCUGGGUUUACGUCAGCCGCGAGCGUCAUCAUCGCUUGCAGUCAAAUAAAAAAUUUGCUGGGCCUGAGUAUUCACGGCGAGAGCUUCAUCGAGAUUUGGAUAGAGUUGGCAAAUCACAUCACUGAUACGAAGAUACCAGAUUUGAUUUUGUCAUGUUGCUGCCUCGUAUUUUUACUAAUCCUGAAGUAUUUGAAGGAUAAAGAAGUUGCCAGUGUCACGCUAAAAAAAUUUCUCUGGACGAUUGGUACAGCUAGGAAUGCUCUCGUGGUCGUCCUCUGUGCAACUGCAUCUUAUAUCUUUGAAAUGCAUGAUGGAGCACCAUACGUUCUCACGGGUCACAUCAAUGCCGGUCUCCCGACUAUCAAACCACCCUCGUUUUCGACCACAGUUGGCAAUCAGACUGAGAAUUUCAUCGAUGUGGUGAAGAAUUUCAAGUUUGGCAUCGUGGUCAUACCCCUCAUCUCUAUUAUCGGAAACGUCGCCAUCGCAAAAGCCUUUUUGCGCGGCAUGCCCCUGGACGCCACGCAAGAAAUACUGACUCUCGGACUGUGCAAUGUAACCGCGUCAUUCUUUCAAUCGAUGCCCGUUACAGGAUCUUUCUCGAGAAGCGCAGUGAACAACGCUUCUGGCGUCAGAACUCCUCUAGGAGGCAUCUACACUGGUAUUCUAGUCAUACUUGCACUAAGUUUACUGACACCAUAUUUUUAUUAUAUCCCAAAAGCGACACUGAGCACUGUCAUAAUUAGCGCGGUGAUAUUCAUGAUAGAAAUUGGUAUAAUCCUUCCAAUCUGGAGGUGCAAUAAACGUGAUUUAAUACCGGCAUUUGUCACCUUCCUCGCUUGUUUAUUCGUCGGAAUCGAAAUAGGAAUUCUGAUAGGUACGAUAUUCGAUCUAGCUAUAUUGAUAUAUCUUACUGCGCGACCAACAAUAAAUAUCGAACAUAGAAAUAUCUCGACAACGGAUUACUUGUUAGUCCGUCCUAUCGCUGGAAUUUUGUUUCCUGCGGUAAAUCAUUUGAGAAUGUAUCUAACGAAAAAUCCUGGUGCAAAUGUCGUAUUGGAUUGCGAAUAUAUCGACAAAAUAGAUUUCACUGCCGCACAGAGUAUUAGUAUGACAAUAAAGGAUUUUAGAGAGAACAACUGCCAAUUAAUAAUGCUGCGACCGAAUCCUGAUGUCUUAACGAAAAUACAAUCGCUAUCAGAUAAGCAAAUCUUGAUAGCAAGAGAUGAAAUGGAUUUAAUCGCGAUUUUAGGAGGAUCCAAAAGCACGAUACAAAAUAACUUGAUCGUCUCUAAAAUGGAUGAACGGGCUUCUACAUGGCUGUGAUAUAUAUGUAUUUUAAGCACAAUUUUCUCUUUACGAAUAUAAUAAAUAUAUUAACCAUGCAAAAAUC